CGCAUCCUCCUCCUCCUCUGCAAAAACUUUUAUAACGAUCAAUCAACCAGAUCAAAACAAAACCAAAAAAUCGCAACGAUGGCGGCCAGCUUCGCGACCUCAUCAACCGUCGUAGGCCUCGGCGCAUCCUCCCUCUCUUCCCCUUCAAGGAUCUCCUCGACCAACACACUUUCCCUCACUUCAGGGUUUUUAAAAUCUGGAGUGACGGCUAGAAACCCACUGAGGGUUGCGGGUGGUGAAGGAGGAAGAUUCAGCUGCUUUGAGAGAAACUGGCUGCGGAGGGACUUUAACGUGAUAGGAUUUGGUCUAAUCGGGUGGAUUGCACCGUCGAGCAUCCCCGCCAUUAACGGCAAGAGCCUCACCGGUCUUUUCUUCGACAGCAUCGGCACCGAGCUCGCUCACUUCCCCACCCCCCCCGCUCUCACUUCUCAGUUCUGGUUGUGGUUGGUGUUGUGGCACUUAGGGCUGUUUCUCUGCUUGACUUUCGGUCAAAUUGGUUUCAAAGGGAGGACCGAGGACUACUUCUGAAUCCAAUCCUCUGGUUUUUCUUGUGUUAUUUCUGUGUAAUCUCACUUUCUUAUAUCGUUGUCAUUAUUCUCUCUGUACAAUGGAUGUUCAUGUUUACACUAUAUAUGAUAGGAACUAUCCUUCCUAACCUUUAAGAA